UCUUCGUCGGUUAUCAGGGUAGGUUUUUCUCGAGAGAUAGCAUGUCUGGCAGAGGUAAACAAGGCGGAAAGGUUCGUGCUAAGGCGAAGACACGUUCUUCCCGUGCCGGUUUGCAGUUUCCUGUUGGCCGUGUGCAUAGGCUUCUUCGCAAGGGUAAUUAUGCCGAGAGAGUAGGAGCCGGCGCACCCGUGUAUCUGGCAGCGGUGUUGGAGUAUCUGACUGCUGAGAUAUUGGAGUUGGCUGGUAACGCUGCACGCGAUAACAAAAAGACCCGUAUCAUUCCUCGCCACCUGCAACUUGCCGUUCGUAACGACGAGGAGCUCAAUAAGUUGCUCGGAGGGGUCACCAUUGCUCAGGGAGGUGUUCUACCCAACAUCCAGGCGGUCCUCUUGCCCAAGAAGACAGAGAGCCACAAGCCUGCCAAGAGCAAGUGAGUGCGGUAAUCGGUAACCGCAGGGCAAUUAGCCAACACCACCAAAGGCUCUUUUCAGAGCCAC